GAUGAGUCUGACUGAUUCUCUCUGAAGAAAAACUGAACCUGAGGUUUCUCAACUUUUCUCUCAUCGACACAGUCUCUGCCAAAUACUGAUCAUGUCUGCUGCCAGCUGUCUGCUGACUGAGGAUCACUUUCUGUGCUCCAUCUGUCUGGAUGUGUUCAUUGAUCCAGUCACCACACCAUGUGGACACAACUUCUGUAAGAAAUGCAUCACUGAACACUGGAAUAUUAAUAUCAGUUGCAAGUGUCCCAACUGUGUCAAGGUUUUCUCCCCGAGACCUGAGCUGCGGGUCAAUACUUUGAUCUCUGAGGUGGUCGUACAGUUCAGAACAUCAGCUCAACAGAAAACCAACAGCAGGAGCAGAUCCCAGCGAAACAUUCGCUGUCAUGUCUGCAAAGACAUCGAACUGAAGGCCCUGAUGUUCUGCCUGGUGUUCCUGGUGUGCGCCUACAUUCUGCAGGUGGGUUUUGACCACAUAAGACACAACUUUGAGGUUGAACUUCAGCAGAUGAUCCAGAAGAAUCAAAUGAAGCUUAAUUUGAUCAAACACUCAGUGGAGCUCAGUAACAAAGCUGCAGAUGGAGAAAUAGCAGACGCUGUUGAUGUCUUCACCGCUCUGAAGGAGUCUAUUGAGAGAAGCAAGGCCAAACUAAUCGAGACGAUCGAAGAGAAGAGAAGAGCAACAGAGACACAGGCUGAAGGCUUCAUCAAAGUGCUGGAAGAAGAAAUCUCUGAGUUGAAGCAGAGGAAGAUGGAGGUGGAGUGGCACUCUGUGGCUCAUCUGGAGGAGACACUCAGUAAAGAGAUGAAGAAGCUGCUGGACAAAGCAGAGCUGAAGAGGGUCCAGGAUUACGCAGUGGACGUGACGCUCGAUCCUGAUACAGCACAUCCCCAGCUCAUCCUGUCUCAUGAUCUGAAACAAGUCAAACUUGGUGAUGUAAUGAAUGAUCUCCCAGACAACGCAAAGAGAUUCACUGAUUGGCCCUGUGUCUUGGGGAAGCAGAGUUUCUCCAAAGGCAGAUUUUACUACGAGGUUGAUAUUAAAGAUCGGGGUGGGCUCGGGGUGGUCAGAGAGUCGAUCGACAGAACGAGCAACUUCUUAGAAAUCAUUCAGGGUGGAGCCUGGAUGAUGAGGUUGUUCAAUGAAAGAGCUUACAUCAAUGUUGCUGACUCUGUAGUCGAACUCUCUCUAAAAUCAGAUCCUGAGAAGGUGGGGGUGUUUGUGGAUUAUGACGAAGGUCUGGUCUCCUUUUAUGACGUCAACACUGCAGCUCUCCUUCACUCCUUCACUGGCUGCUCCUUCCCUGAGAAACUCUACCCAUACUUCCAACCCUUUUAUAGUGAUGAUCUGAUCAUCUCUCCUGUCAUCCCACAAUGAGAACAAACGUUUUCAAUUUCUACAAAAAGAUUCAUUCCUUUACUGAGGUUUCACUCAGUAAAAAUAAAUCAGUUCUUAAUGCAGAUGAAACUAAAUUCAUGCUUUUCACCGGAGCCAAAAAGUGAUUUUCAAAAUGCUCAAAUGAUUUCAUUACGUUGCAGGUGGCAGCUGUUUUUUUAACUUGUAAAAAACCUAUAUUCUCACUGUGCACCUGCAACCUGGAACAUGCAGAGCAAUCUAAAGCUUACAUUAUUUUUAUCCUUAAAGUCACUUGAUUUCACAUCCAGAUG